AUGUCCGGAAAUAGUUUGUAUACCCCGGAUCAGAGCGCCCUAGACACUCGUUGGACACAGCCAUGGAGUGAGGCUUUUCGAGCACAACGAGAUGUCGGGUUGCGCAUACCUAUCAACUUUCACACCGCGCCGGCAGUCUCAUUAAGCCAAGCUUGCUUCUCUGACAAACAAUACGAGCACAAUGCUUUUCGAAAAUGCUUCUCAAAUCUCCUUGGUGUAGGGUUCCGCAGAUUUGCCAUCGAUGCUUACUGGGAUGCCCUUCAAUCGAGUUGGAGUCUCUGUCCGGUCGAGCAACCCGGACCUGAAGACGAUGGUGCUGACGAUGCUGUGUCAACGAGCUCCGGUUCUCUGGUCAUCGCAUCGACUGAUACCAUCAAUGCGAAAAUCCCUGAAUCUACAGCUGUACCACUCAAUAGCCUGGCUUUUGAUCGUCGCCAGGAUGCAUCGCAGUCAACAGGCUCUGCAGGCGGAUCGUCCCUAGCAAGUUCUUCGGACCCGACAUCUGCCAUGUCGUCGACGAGCGCCAGUCCAAGUGCCAAGCCUACCGUGAUCAACUUCCCAAGUACGAGUGGACCACCGUUAUCACAGAUUGGGAGGUACAACUGCACUUUGCUGAUGAGAUUGGACUUACUCACGGGAAUUCUGGACAACUUCCUCGAUUCCACAUCUACAACAACUGGUGCUUCUUUCUUAGUACUGACGCUUGAUGUCCAUGCCGCAUCUUCGAUCCUAAACCCCAACGAGCCAGCGACUGAGCUACCGACAACUCGACUACCGGGUACCGGCACCUUGUUAAGCGAUGUCAUGAAGGGCAAUAUCUCAUCGGUGACAUACACCCCUGCACUAUUGCGAGACCAACGAAGUGACCUCAAUUCAUCAUGGUUCGAUGUUCAACCACCUAGCCAGCCUCUGGGCGGCUAUUAUGAUAUCAAGUACAACUCGCAGAGAAACAGAUACACGAUUGAUGGCUGGCCAACGGAAGCGUUUGUCGAGUUCCAGAGGUUCUACCGGCUUAGUAUUGGGUAUGGAACAGUGGAUCCACAAAUGCGUCUGUAUAAUAUCGGACCUGACUUGGAUUUUAUAUUUCCUCCUGGGGCUCUCGAAAGGGAGCAGACUCCAUCAGUUUCUUCGAAUGGUCAGCUAUCGUCAGGGUGCUUGUUCGAUGCUUCCGACACAGGGGUGACCUCGCAAAGGAACUCUUCGUGGACUAUCGCGACGGCACCAGCGCUCGAUGUCGGCAGUCGUCCAGAUCUCAUGAUACCGCUUCCUGCCGUCAGCAAUCUCACGUCUUGUGGCAUUACCCCUCUGCUCAACCAAACUCUAGGAGGAACCACGGCUGAUAAAAAUCCCUUACCAUACGCUGCGUAUGUUCAUUCUACGCUGUGGACAUGGGCACCAGGAGAGCCUAAGAAUAUCACCUCUGGUGGCGACAGAUCAGACAGUCGCUGUGCAGUCAUGACAACAUCCCCAUACUCAGGUCGAUGGCGCGUCACUGACUGCAAGGAUCGGUACCGCGUCGCCUGCCGCGUCCCUGGUCAGAUAUACAAUUGGCAGAUAUCUUCGGAGACCUCUAGCUACUUUGAUGCCGUAGAAGCCUGUCGCGCGCCGUACGAGUUUGAUGUUCCGCACACCGCGCUCGAGAAUGCGCAUCUCAUCGCUGCCAUCGGUAGAGACAGUCGUACAACGCCAGACGAAGCGAUUUACAUCGACCUCAACGCCCUGAAUGUUCCAGAGUGCUGGGUCUCAGGGCUGGAUGGCACGUGUCCGUAUCUGGCUACAGAUGAUAAUGAUAGAGUCAGGAUUGUGGUUGUGCCUACGGUUGCGGCGGUGGUAAUAUUUUUGCUUGCGGCGCUUACGUUCUUCGUCAAGUGUGCGGCAAACAGGAGAGAGAACAAGAGGGGUAGAAGGCGGAGAAUGGUCGGAGGCUGGGAGUAUGAAGGUGUGCCUAGUUAA